UGCUUAUGGUUCCGCAAAACGAAAAAAUAAAAAAUAGAAAAACAGGGGAAGCAAGCAAGAGACAAAUAGAGAGAAGAAACGGUCCUUUCUUAUACAAAUUGUUAAUGGCGACGGAGGAAGAGCUCCUCCCUUUCCCAUCUUCUGCCACUCCCUUUCUCAGAGAUCUCAUUCUCUUUAUCCUUCUUCUUCAGUUGAUUGGUUUUUGAAAUUGAGUUUCGCUGGUGAUGAUGAUAAGGAAAGAUUGAGUGUGAGUGUGUGUGUAUGUGUGUGUGUGAGCGAGAGAGAGAGAGAAAGAGAAAGAGAGAGAGAGAGAGGUUUAUUUGAGCUGUAAAUGUCGUCUGGAGAAGACGAAAAGCAAUGGAGUUGUGGAAAAGCCGGAGCAGUGAAUUUGCAGAAAGUUGGUUCAAUAGUGCGCGAUAUCGGAGAGCCUUGUCUUUCUCAAUCGCCCAUAAAGGUUGUUAUUGCUGUUCUCACAUUAGAUUCUAUUAUGGGGCAGCUAAGCAGAAUGCUUAAACCAGACAAGUGGCAGGCAAUUUUUGAUACUGAUGGGAAGGUUUUUGGUUUUCAAAAAGCACUCAAGUCUAUUGUUUUGGGGGGUGUGGAUCCAGCAAUAAGGCCAGAAGUUUGGGAAUUUCUUCUUGGUUGUUACGCAUUGGAUAGCACUGCUGAGUACCGAAGGCAACUGAGGACAGCCCGAAGGGAGCGCUACGAGGAACUGAUUAAGCAGUGUCAAAUGAUGCAUUCAAGUGUAGGAACUGGUGUACUUGCAUAUGUUGUGGGGUCCAAAGUUAUGGAUAUGAGAAUGUCAUCCAAGGAUGAUGGGAAAGGGGAAGCUCAAGUCAAAAGUAGACAUGCUUCUAUUGAUACUGCUAACAAAUUAGAGAAUUAUAGUGAUUGGAAUAAUAAUUGUACAGAAACAUCAUAUGCAUGUGAAAGGGAAAGUUCUAGUGAUUCUGGUGAGCUUGUCAGUGUGAGGGGAAGCACAGACAGUGCAACAUAUGAUUCUUGUUUUCUACCCACUUCUGGCCCCUAUAAUAGUGGUUCGCCUGAAAGAGGGAGUGAAGCUCAUGAAUCACAAUAUGUAGCAAAGAGUUAUUUUGAUUUUCCUCCUUUACCUGUCACAGAUUUAUUUGAUCGAGGAGAAGAUGAGGAAGAAUGUAUUGUGCAUGAUUUUGAACCUUCUACUCAACAAAAAUUAAGAUUUCAAGAUGACAGAAUGCACAGUUUUCAAAUUGAUAACAACAUAGAUUUAAUUAUGGAAUUGGUUGGUUCACCAUCUAACGAUGUUUCACAUUACAACAACUCUGAAAUUGAAAUAGUUCAUGAUGAUGAUCAUGAACCAGUAUCACGGUCUAAUAAUCAGGAUUAUGAAAAAGAAAUAGUGAACAGAUUGAGAAUAUCAGAUGCUCCGGAGACACCCUUGUUAAAUGCAGCUUCUCAAGGAGGGGCUAGAGGUGAUGACAAAGUGUCUGAAUGGCUUUGGACUUUGCAUCGAAUAGUUGUUGACGUGGUACGAACAGAUAGUCAUCUUGAAUUCUAUGAGGAUAAGAAAAAUAUAGCUAGGAUGUCUGAUAUCCUUGCUGUCUAUGCAUGGGUUGAUCCUGCCACUGGUUACUGUCAAGGUAUGAGUGAUUUGUUGUCUCCUUUUGUUGUCCUCUUUGAGGAUGAUGCUGAUGCAUUUUGGUGUUUUGAGAUGCUUCUAAGGAGAAUGCAUGAAAAUUUUCAGAUGGAGGGACCAACUGGAGUGAUGAAACAGUUGCAAGCAUUGUGGCACAUCUUGGAACUCACAGAUAGAGAAAUGUUCGCACACUUGUCACGUAUAGGUGCUGAAAGCCUCCAUUUUGCAUUCCGAAUGCUAAUGGUUCUUUUCCGUCGAGAGUUAUCUUUUGAUGAGGCUCUUCAGAUGUGGGAGAUGAUGUGGGCUGCUGAUUUUGAUGAAUCAUUGGCCUGUGAUUUAGAAGAGAACUGCCUGGAGGCACUGGUGCUACAUCUUCCAAGGGAUUCUGGAGGGGAAUUAAAAGUAGAAAGCACAGAAAAUGGUAAUGGUAGUUCAAAUGAUUGUUCACAAGUGAAGCAUGGAAAUAUGGACCACUCCAUCUCUGAGGACACUGCAAUGAAGUCAGUAUCAGCUUAUCCCUUUUGUGGUUUGACAAGGAGUUUUUGGUCAAGAACUGAACGAAUGCAGAUUAGCACUGUAGUCUCAUCUACUAAAAAUGGGGAUGAUGAAUUACCUGUCUUCUGUGUAGCAGCAAUCCUCAUCAUGAACCGGCUGAAAAUUAUUAGAGAAACUCGCUCAAUUGAUGAUAUGAUAAAGAUUUUCAAUGAUAAACUGCCAAAGAUCAAUGUCAAAAGAUGCAUACGCACGGCAAUCAAACUGCGCAAGAAGUACUUUUACAAGCUGAUAAAAAGCAAGAACCCUGCAGCUCAGAAUGGUGACUAGGCAGUGCUAUUUCUUGUAAACUUCUACCAACAGAAGCACUGCAACUAUGGUCUGUGAUGUAAAGUUUGAGUAACACCUACAAAGUUAUUUGGGUCUUUUACAAUGGAGUUGUGUAGCGCUGCCGUUCAAAGGCGUUGUUCAGAUCUUUGUACUUUCAUUAUCUCCUUCAUAACUUUUGUGAGUGGAAGGGUCAAAAAGUGCAACAAGUUUUUUUUUUUUGGUGCAUCUGGUUCCUGAUAAAUUUUCUGCCGUGGACACUCCUGACAGGUUAGGCAAAUACAUUUUGUAUUUUUCCUUCACAGAUUUUAUUAUACCAUACUCAUGUAUUGAAAAUUUUGAUCCUUGCGCUUCUGUUUAUAUGUGAAAUUGAGAAGAGAACUCAAACCUGUUAGAGACAACAUGAUCAAAUGAUUGUAGAGGGUCUAAACAUCAAAAUCAAGUUCGUAACUUGAAGUAAUAGUUAUGUAAUUUUAUUUAUGGAUGGAAAACAGAUUCUUCA